AUGCCUCUUUUCGUAGCGAUCCCUGUGGGGUUGAAACGGAACACGGGCAUCACGGGCGGCAAAUCGUCUCCCGCUGGUUCAGCAACGAAAUCGGUAUAUUUCCAACCACAACCUUUCCCCUCGAAACGAGUGCCACAAGCUCGACAGGCUUUUCGUCAAAUAUCGAGCAAUCAGAAUUCGUUGUCGCGAACGGCAUCUAGCAGCAAUCGACAACAGCAAGUGGUCAGGAGCGAUAGAAGGCCAGUAGCGAGAGAAGCGACACCUGUGAAAGGACGUGAAAGACAGGGCUCUGGAUUCAAGGCUCCGCGGAAGAUGGAGUUUUUCGGGACGCCGUUCGUCCCGAGUCCCGAGAUACCCGCUGGUCGACUGGCUCCUGAUGGGGAUUUCUUCAAGCCAAUGACGCACAGUGGGAUUCCUGUGCAGAGAGGCAGCAGUUCGAGAAGCUUGAGGUUCAGGAGGGGACCAGGACCUGUGAAUCGCCGGGUUGGCGCUGAGUCAUCGUCGAAAAUUCAAUUCAGGCCUCGACGUUCAGUCAACCAGGACUCAUCGCCUUCGGGGUUGUCACUUCCGGGCAUUUCGGAACCAUUUCCGGUCGAUCUGAUGUCAUUCGAUUUUCUCGAAAACCUCGUUUCUUCGCCGUCUUCCGCACUUUCUACAAGGGUCAAACGUUCUCUCAACGCAACACAGUAUAUCGACAGAGGCUGUGACAUCCUCGGGAUUCGUUACGAAGUCGGAGAAGUGAUAGGAGUGGCUUCGGAUUUGUGUAUGGAAUGCAGAUGCGCGGCGCAAGCCUUGUUCUGCUCGCCGAAAUGCUGUUCGUCUUCCGCACUUUCUACAAGGGUCAAACGUUCUCUCAACGCAACACAGUAUAUCGACAGAGGCUGUGACAUCCUCGGGAUUCGUUACGAAGUCGGAGAAGUGAUAGAUCCUCACCGAAGCCUAAACACAUACCUUACGUCUACGCGCCGCGUUCGGAACAAGACGAGCGGCUUUACGACAUUCGAACCUGCCAAACCCCGCUUGGAGGCCAGGUUCCUCGACCAGGUGUCACUCUCGGGACCCGUGAAGUACGCCAACCGCCCCACGGCAUCGCAUCCACUACAGUACCUGAUUGACCAGUACGGCAAUGCCUAA